UUAUCUAUACAAACCCUUCAGAGCAGAACUCUAGUAUGUUUCCAAUAAUAGUUCUUCACAAGUAUGGUACUGCACUGAUCAAAGAAGGAAUAGCAGAAAUAUUUUUUGCAAAAUGUGGGCAGCAGAGUGGAUGAUACUACAGGUUUUGAUUAUUUUAUCUUACUGCAAAACUUCAUCUAAAAAAGAGAACAUUGCAGAGCAAAUGCAGGAUUUGGCAACACCAGUAAAUGUGCCAGGUGCAUCUAAUUCUGAACGACAUCUGUCUUUUGAUUUCAGCUCAGCUCAUGAGAAUACAGCAAAGAGAUGUACCGAGGAAGAAUGCAAUAGAGAGAGACCUAUACAAAAAUCUGAUGAGCAUGUUUUAAUGCACAAAACUCAAGAUGAAUCUGUCAGUUCACUGUUCCAGGCAAAAACAUGGCCAGAUUUUUUCCAGGUACAUAAUGAAAACUCACCUGGUCUUUCACCUGCAUCUGAAGCAGGUGUUUCUUGGAGUGGAGUAGAAGAGCCAGUCUGUAGAGUAGCGAUGGGUCAGACAGGUGGCCUGAACCUGAAACACCUGGAAGUUAUUGGUGUGCUUACCAGCUAUGAAAGUAGCUUUAUUGAAGAAGUGAGACAAAGUGUCAAAGUAGAAACUGGCCUCAGCAAAUUUGGAGCCUGUCCUGAUUUGGAAGACUUCUCAGCAUUAGUGUCCUUAAGACAUAUAGCUGCUCAUCUACAAGAUCCCAGAGAAAACAAAUUAAUUGUGAUGCAUCUCAGUGAGGUAACGUGGGGAGAUGAUGCCAAACUCCAGUUUAAGCUGGUAUAUCACGGGGACCUGAAUCCGUAUAUUGAGACCCUACAGCUGUCUCUGCUUGUAUUUUAUCUUGACCAGUUUGAAAAACCCUUCAUUGAAAAAGGAGAAAAGAUUGGUGCUGGAGGACAUGGAUUUCAACAGAAUCAGACAAUUUGCAUUACAGAAGCUACCAAAUACUUAAUAUUCACUGUUGGAGGAAUCAUGGGAAAUAUUUCCAAAGGACAAUUCCAUUUUGAAACAUCAAUAAAGCUCUGGCAUUAUCUGAAUGGUUCAUUUUUCUCAGAAACCAGUGCCAAACAACUUCUCUUUGGAAGGGAUGAGAGAUGUUAUACAAGAAUGACCCCAGUCAUAUUUUUGCUUACUAAAAGAGAGAGUAUGAAACAGCCCCUGCAGACAACCACCAAUGGCUCCCCAACUUUGUUCCAUAAAAAUACCAGAUCACCCUUGAAUGUGAACACAGAAAAGAAGCAAGAGGAACAUAUAGCCCCAGAUUCCCAUGCAGCUUCUGCAGUCCAUAGGAGCACACAUGAGCUCUUCCUGAAUCACCUGAGAAGCUUCCUAAGCUUAGUCCUGGAGGACUCACAUGACCCACCUUCAAAUUCUGUGCUGCACCUGCAGCAAGAAGCCCUCACAGCUCUUCCCCACCAGCUCCUGAACAUCUCGGAUCCUACCAUUAUCCAGAUGUUGGUGUCAUCAGAGAGUCCUCUCAUAUUCAUGUUUCCCAGGAAAAGCAAAUCAGAAUGGGGUCAGUUUCUGCAAUGGGACUUGAAGGGAGAGCUGCUAGCAAUGCUCACUAACAGAUUACAAAUUGUUAUAGAAGAAGUUAAAGAAUUUCCUGUCUUUCAAAACAAUGAGACAUGGCUGAAACUUAGCCAACUUCUGAACUACUGCUACCAGUCAACCAACAGACACUCACCUACUGUCGAACAUGACUCUGAACUACCUAGUUCCAUCACAAAACGAAGAGAAAGAAAGCUUCACUCAUUUCUCUUGUUAAAAGUGUUACACACAGCUAAAGCAUUUUGGAUAAAGAAACUAAAACUUUCAAGGGAAAACCGAAAUGUAAAUAAUGAGUACUGCCGACUACAUCAACUUUAUAUCAGUUUAAAAUAUGAAGGUUUUAUUCUUGCACCAGACAGGUAUCUUGCUAACAACUGCCAGGGUCCAUGUACUGACUUAGGAGCUGCUAGAAACCCACGUUACACAACCCAUGUGAUUCUGCUUAUAAAGAUGAAGAAUCGUGGUGAAGAACUUGGGAGACGUCCCUGCUGCGUCCCUGUGCAAUACACUAGCAGCAAAAUGGCACAUUUUACAGAAGGAGACAUUCAAAUAAGAGAAAUCCCAAAUGCAACUGUAACAGAGUGCGGCUGCAGAUAAGGAUUCUAUUACAGCAGUUAAUGCAGUCCUGCAAAACACUACUCUGUUUCAGAAAAUAUCUUUGUUUUAUAAAUGGAAAUUAUUGGCAAGGUACAAAUAAGUGGCAUCAUAAAAGAGCUUACCAAAAAAUACACACUGUUAUGUGUCAUAUCAGAUUGUAUGCUAAGAAAAAAGAAUGAGGGUGCAGCUGAUUAAAGUUACACACAGAACUGAAAGAAAGUAUCUUAAUGGUGUCACAAACUUGAGUGAAGAGUUUCCAUUGUUAGUAUACAAUGCCUGUUGCCGUCGUCAAAAGUGAAGGUUUGUUGGAAAUGCAGAAAAGCAGGCAUUCUUUCUAUGAGUUAUGCAUGCAUCAAACAUGGAUUUCUAUUGGAAAUGUAAAGAAAAGGACACACUUUGCAUGUGUAAAGCAUGCAAUAACAAACAUUAACACAGUGUAUCAUUAUUUUGUCUCCUAGUCAAACAGGGGAAGUCAGGUAACUUGUUUUGCAGCUCAAAUAAUCAAAAUCUGACAUGUAUAAACUACAUUUUGGAAAGCAAUUGUAUAGCAACUACACCAGUUACAUUAUUCAUUGAUGAAGAAGGAAUAACUAUUCAGUCAGGUUCUGAUAUCAUGUUUACAUGCUGAAACUUAUAACAUGCGUAUGAGAAUAUUGCAAAAAUAAGUGGCUGAAGGCCGCCUCUACUGUCAUAUCCCCACUAACAUUAGAACAGCACCUUGGGAGCCCAAACUGUAGUGAUCUGAAACAUAAAGAAGAAAGUGGCAACAUGUAUCAAUGACAGGUGAAGGACACCGGAUUAAACAGUUGAACACUCUCCUUAAAGAAAAGUGAAAGAUACUUCAUGGUUAAGUGACAUUAGACAAACUGCAUUCUGUUGUAUUCCUACAGCAUCCAUUUCCUUUUCCCUGUUUUUUUUUUUUUUUUUUUUAAUAUUUGGCUUCCUAGCCAGUAUAAGCUAUUCCUGUUGUUGCACAGUUGUAUGCUGAAUUUUUACUGUAUUAAUAAAUAAAUAACCUCACUUUGAAAUGC